AUGCGGCGACGGGCGGCCGAGUAUCGGCGCCCGGUUCGAAGGAGGUUUUCGUAUUGGAUCUGGGCUCUUUUUGGACUCUUCUCGAUUGCAGGCCUGGUUUUGUUAGUCGUUCACCAUAAUCAGCAUGAAGAUCGGGUCGAACAGCCUGUACUGGAAAGAAAUACGGGACUUGACCAGGUUGCUCACGAGAGUUUAAAUUUUACGGAAGAAAUAUUGAGUGCUAGAUCGUUUUCCAGGCAGCUGGCUGAGCAAAUGACACUCGCCAAAGCUUAUGUUAUUAUUGCCAAAGAGCACAAUAACCUUCAUCUUGCUUGGGAGCUUAGUUCAAAGAUCAGAAAUUGCCAGCUUUUGCUAUCAAAAGCUGCCAUGAGGGGGGAGCCAGUCACCUUAGAGGAAGCAGAGCCAAUAAUUAAAAGCCUUUCAUAUCUUAUAUUUAGGGCAGAAGAUGCACAUUAUGACAUUGCAACCACAAUAAUGACAAUGAAAUCUCAUAUCCAAGCCCUUGAAGAGCGUGCAAAUGCAGCCACAGUUCAAAGCACAGUAUUUGGGCAACUAGCUGCUGAAGCAUUACCCAAAAGCCUCCAUUGCCUAAAUGUUAAACUCACAGCUGAUUGGCUUAGAAAGCCAUCUCUGCAAGAACUUGCAGAUGAGAAGAGGAACUCUCCCAGACUCAUGGACAACAAUCUCUACCAUUUCUGCAUAUUUUCGGACAAUGUGUUGGCCACCUCUGUGAUUGUCAACUCUACUGUCUCCAAUGCUGACCAUCCAAAACAGCUGGUCUUCCACAUUGUCACGAAUGGGAUCAACUAUGGCACUAUGCAGGCUUGGUUCCUCAGUAAUGAUUUCAAAGGGUCCACAAUAGAAGUGCAGAAUGUUGAGGAAUUUUCUUGGUUUAAUGCCUCUUAUGCUCCGAUCGUGAAGCAGCUCCUCAAUGCAGAUUCCCGAGCCUACUAUAUUGGAGGAUAUCAAGAUAAUAUUGCACCGAAGUUGCGGAGCCCUAAGUAUCAAUCUUUGCUCAAUCACCUUCGAUUUUACAUCCCAGAGAUCUAUCCGCAGCUGGAGAAGGUAGUUUUUCUUGAUGAUGAUGUUGUUGUCCAGAAGGAUCUGACCCCGCUUUUCUCAUUGGAUUUGCAUGGAAAUGUGAACGGAGCAGUGGAAACUUGUCUUGAAGCAUUUCAUCGUUAUUAUAAGUAUCUCAAUUUCUCAAACACAAUCAUCAGCUCGAAAUUUGAUCCACAGGCAUGCGGAUGGGCCUUUGGUAUGAAUGUUUUUGAUCUCAUUGCUUGGAAGAAAGCGAACGUAACUGCACGUUAUCAUUACUGGCAGGAGCAGAAUGCUGAUGGGACGCUUUGGAGGGUGGGCACUCUUCCACCUGGCCUUCUAACUUUUUAUGGUCUGACAGAGCCGCUUGAUAGGAGAUGGCAUGUAUUAGGACUGGGGUAUGAUCUGAAUAUUGACAACCGAUUGAUUGAGAGCGCAGCGGUUGUUCACUUUAAUGGAUUCAUGAAGCCAUGGCUGAAGUUGGCCAUUGAAAGGUAUAAGCCUCUUUGGGAGCGAUAUGUAAAUCAAAGCCACCCAUAUCUCCAGGAUUGUGUCACAAGUUAG